AGUUUCGGUGCACGCCAUUAUUUAACCAUUCCAAGAGCAGACGAGAAGAGUUUAGUAUACAAAGAGUAUAUGUGACAAGGAAGAUCAUUGUCCUUCGAAAUUUGUAUAAACAAGCUGGACAUACCAAUUACGUUUCAGUUUCGCUCCUUUGCUUUGCUAGUUAGUGUAUACCGAGUACAGUGCGAUUUAGAAAUAGGACGAUCGUUCCGAGUUAAAUGGACUUGAUGCGUAUUAUUAAGUGAAAAAGAAAAAGCGAAGACGGUAAUAAUAGUAAACUAAUUUGCACCUCUCUUGGGGAAUCCUUGAGAUCUCGUCGCUAAUCGGAGUCAAUUGAGAAAAAAAAAGCAAUGACACAGAUGUGAUUUGUUCGUCGCAGAGGGAAAAACCAUGUGGAAAUUUACAGUUGCUGCAGUUUUUCUGCUGAUUGUGGGAUGCUCGGAUGGUCAGAGGACUUUCCUGGAUGCUUUUCUGGUGCCGUUCAGGAAGUUCAAGGUUGCGUCUACUAGGUUAUUGGAUAGUAGUAUAAACUUUGAUGAGUUGCGAAGACGUAAUAAAUUGCAACCGGAAAUUAGUGAAGAUGUGCCAUUUCCUUGCGAUUUGAGGGGAGCGAGAAGUGCUGUGCGUCCGAAGAGUGUGCAUCAGUUGAGACCUGGGGAUAUUGAUGUGGUAGGAGCUAUUGGAGACAGUUUGACUGCGGGAUUCGGGCUUCUGGCUACUACUCUUCCUCAAGUAUUUCUGGAAAAUCGAGGAUUAUCCUUCAGUAUAGGUGGAGUUGGCACGUGGCGACAGUACAUCACCGUUCCGAAUCUUCUGAAGGUGUUCAAUCCCAAUUUAGUCGGUUUCUCUACAACUUACUCUUCGAUCACGACGCAGCGAUCAUCUCAAUUCAACGUGGCGGAAGGUGGUGCCGUUUCUCAAGAUACACCUUACAUGGCUAAGGUUCUUGUCACCAGAAUCUUGUACGAUCCUAGGAUUGACAGAAACAAUGAUUGGAAAUUAAUAACCAUUAUGAUUGGUCCCAAUGAUUUCUGCAGCCGAAUUUGCCGAUCUUCAAACAUGGAGCAAGAACUUUCCAAGCAUGAAGAUCAUAUUGUGCAAGUGUUAAGGACAAUCAGGGAUAAUUUACCAAGAACUAUAGUUAAUUUAAUACCAUCUAUGGAUACUUUUGCUUUGAAGAGGAUCAGAAAUAAACCAGCGGAAUGUUACUUGACACACUCUGCUGAAUGCUCUUGUGUCUUCGGUGUACUACAUCAGAAGAAUAGGGCAAAGUAUAGACAUUUCAUCCAGAGGUGGCAGAAUAAGGAUGUGGAAAUUGCAAGCAGAAAGGAAUUUCAAAGAGAUGAUUUUAGCGUCGUGCCGCAAAUUUUGACGAUUAACAUGAGCAUUCCUUUGAAAACCGAUAAUGAUUUUGAUCUCUCCUACCUCUCUGCAGAUUGCUUCCACUUCAGCCAAAAAGGGGGCGCUAUACUGGCUUUGGGUAUUUGGAAUGGGAUGUUGCAGCCAGUAGGAAGGAAAACUCCAAUCAUGAAUUAUCAUAAUUUCACGGACAUCCGAUGUCCUGACGAAAGUAAUCCUUACAUCUUCACGCUUGGCAACAGCUGAUAUUCAAAUAUAUAGAAUCAAUUAAAAUGAAAAUUUCUAAAUAAA